AAUUGACAUAACGCUGAGCAGCUGUGAGUUGAAUUUUGUGUGCUGACGAAGAAAAAAAUUUGGGUUGUUGUAAAUACUUUGCUACUACUCGCAUAAGUUAGAUAUACCGACGAAAUAUACAAAUUUGGCUCCUUGCACGGAUAUUUUUUUACGUACACAUAAAGGCAACCAUGGAUACUGAAAAAUCCAGCAAUAGUUCAUUUGAGGAUCUCUCAAAUAUAAAUGAGGCAGAGUCGAAGCCAACAGUCGCCGAGGCCGACAAAAAAACUGACUUGAAAGAAGAAGAUGAAAAUAACCAUAAAGAGCCGAAUAUCCAAAAAAAUCCAAAAGACGAAGGCCAUGAAAGCGCUUCAGCAAGGGACGAUGAGUCUUGCGAUGUGUUAGGGAACGGUCAAUUAGUUAAACGUGUUUUAAAACAAAGUACAACAGGCAAACGUCCCACUCGAGGUGAUUUGGUCACAGUUUCAUUUACUGGGAAAUUGCCCGAUGGAACCGUUGUUGAACAGAAGAAAAAUUUUCAAAUGCAUGUGGGAGAUUUUGAGGUUGUGCAAGGUCUUGACAUGGCGAUUCCACUUAUGAGCGUUGGUGAGGUUGCAGAGAUAAGAAUCGAUACAAGAUUUGCUUAUGGGAGCUUAGGUUUUAAGAAUGAGAACAAUGAAAGUGCAAGUGUGCCAGCCGAUGCAAAUCUAAUAUAUGAAGUGCAUUUAUUAGACUCCAAAGGCGAGGAUUUCUCAGACUUAAAAUCGUACGAAGUACGCCGGAAAUACGGAACCAGUAAAAAAGAAAGGGCUAAUUUCUGGUAUAAUCGUAACGAAUUCAAUACCGCAAUUCAAUUGUAUAGACGUGCGUUAGAAUACUUGGAUGAUCGCGAUGGUGACCCCGACAGCGCCUUCGAUAAAGAAGAUUUAGAACUUUCUAAUAGUGACUUGCAAACGUUAUUGGAGGAUCGAUUAAUUGUGUACAACAACCUAGCAAUGGCUCAAAUUAAAAUAUCAGCUUUUGAUGCCGCUUUAAAGUCGGUAGAAAAUGUUUUACGUUGUCAGCCAAAUAACUCUAAGGCUUUGUACCGUAAAGGACGAAUUCUAGAGGGAAAAGGGGAUACCAAGGGAGCUAUAAGUUUACUUCAAAAAGCCGCUACACUCGAACCAGAUAGCAAAGCAAUUCAGCAGGAUUUGGCAAAGUUGAUAAUUAAAGCACGAAGAGAAGAACAUAACGAAAAAGAAAUGUAUCAAAAAAUGUUGGGACAAGCGAAAAAACUCGAACAGAAACACAAACAACCGCAAAAACAGCAAAACAUUGAGAGUUCAAAGCUAAAACUAAUAGGCUAUUUGAUGGGAUCUAUUUUAAUUGGCGUAGCUGGCGUCGCUAUAUACAGAUACAAGUACUAAAUGGUUAUUAGUUUUCUUUUUAUUGUCAAAAAUUUGAGAACUGAUAAACAGUUUAAAAACAAGGAGAAAAUGGUCGGACCUAUUUUUGGUUUUAU